AUGCAGAACGACAACAAGAACAUCUUUGGUUCGUCCAACGUCUUCGGUAACACCAACCCCGCCGGUACCACUGGUACACCGGGCACGGGAUUAUUCGGUAACACCGGUGCUGCAAACACGACCAAUACCACGGGUACAGGGCUCUUCGGUAAUACAACUACCACCAACACCACGGGAACUACGGGUACGGGAUUGUUUGGUAGCACCGGUACCACCGGUGCGGCGGGCACAACGGGUACGGGGCUAUUUGGUAACAUGGGAACUACCAACACCACCGGCACCCCUGGAACAGGAUUGUUCGGCGGUACCAACACGACAAACACUACCGGUACGCAGGGCACAGCAUUAUUUGGUAGUACCAAUACCACCGGCACGCCGGGUACAAACAUCUUCGGUAGCACCACGGGCACGGGUAGCCUGUUUGGAAACACUGGAGCUGCGGCAGGCACAACCGGUGCCAACAUCUUCGGCAGCGCUUCAAAUGCCAGUGGUAACCUGUUUGGCGCCAACACUACCGGAAAUACGGGGCCAAGCACCAAUAUCUUCGGCACCAACACCGCCGGAACAACGCCUACUAACAGCAAUAUUUUCGGUACCAACACCGCCGUAACGACUCCUACCAACACCAACAUAUUUGGAGCGAACAGCGCCGGUAGUACAACGCCUCCCAGCACCAACAUCUUCGGGUCCACAACCAACACGGGUGGCAGCCUCUUCGGCAACACCUCGACGACGGCACCGGCUACUGCAGGCACAACCACUGGUGGCGCUACCACCAACAUCUUCGGAAGCGGCAACACCACCGGGUCGAACCUUUUCGGGAACUCGAGCACAGCCCCGACAACAGGCACAACUAUUUUCGGCUCCACCAACACCGGUUCUACGACUGGCACAAGCCUAUUUGGAGCAGCGCAGCCUGCCACUACCACUACUACUACCACGACCACGCCUAUAUUUGGCGCCGCAAGUAACUCUACGGCAUCGGGUUCCGGCGUGACAGCGCCAGCUGCAACCACUGCUCCAGCGACUAGUUUAUUCGGCUCCACUCAACCGGCAUCGGGAUCGACCACCACGACCAACGUUUUUGCGCCACAGGGCAGCGGCUCGACAACCACGGGUACAUCGUUAUUUGGCUCCUCUGGAACAACUGGCAGUACGACAACUCCGAGCUCGUCUACAACCAACGUAUUCGCACCGUCUUCUACCUCGUCAGCAACUCCAUCGGGAAAACCCGGCACCGCUGCGUCCGGCACGAGCGCAACGCCAUCCUUGUUCGGCACUACCGGAUCAUCGUCUCUCUUCGGUAAUUCCGGAUCCUCUACAACCCAAGGAACAACUGGCACGUCGACCCUCUUUGGUAAUACAGGAACGUCCACCGCACCAGCAACGACAGGCACGUCUACCAUUUUCGGCAGUUCGGGAACUUCCACGACCCCGUCAACAACCGGAACAUCAUCAUCGCUUUUCGGUAACUCGGGAUCCACAACAACACCCGCAACAACCAGCACGCCAUCUUUGUUCGGUACUUCAGGAUCCUCUACAACACCUGGCACAACCACCACCUUCGGUGCGUCCACUUCAACUACUACUACAGGGGACUCUGGCGCAUCUAAGAGUGUGGAAUCCACUGCGCCUACCUUGUUCGGCAGUACUACCACAAGCUCCACACAGGCUACGCCGUCUACAACCAGCACCACCACUAUCUUCGGGAAAACAACGGAUACGACGACUACCACUACGGCGUCUGGAACUGCUGGAACAACCACGAGCUCCACUACGCCCGCGUCUGGAAGCACAACUACGGGAACAACUUCCAGCACCAACCUCUUUGGCACAAGCACCGCGAGUGGCACGGCAAAUGCGACGACCCCCUCCACCACCGGUGGCCUUUUCGGCUCCGCUGCCACCACCAAGGGCUCUCAGGCAGACAGUAAAUCGGGCACUGCGGAAUCCACCAGCAAGCCGGCUACAACUGAGCCGCCUAAAUUUACGUUCGGUGCGUCGACCACAACUAGUGCGACCACGCCUGCCGGCACAAGUGCCGCCCCGAAGGAAGAUGAGAAGGACAAAGAGAAGUUCGAGCUGGAUUUCAGCGUCACAGAGCAGCAUAAUGUCAUGGAACUGCUAGACAGCUGGGAAAGCAGGCUGUCGAAGAAAAUCGUUUCCUUCAAGGAGUUCGCCGACAAGGUUGCUGGCAUCGACCGCAACCUGGUGCUCCAAUCGAGCAAGCUAAACAAGCUGUUGAACGAGUACAAAGGCCUGAUCGAAAAGCACGAGAACAUGGAAUCGGCCAUCAAGCAGAUGGAGGAGGAGCAGACCGCCUCCAUCAACAUCCUCGACGCCAUGGAACGGUCGCUGCAGUCGCAGUUGGAAAACGUCCGGAAUCGCAGCGCCAACUACAACACCGUGCAGAGCAUGACAAGGCAGCUGCAAGAGCUCAGCGAGCAGCUGUCUCACGCCAACAAGGAGGCCGAAAACACCGCCAUCGCCUGCCAGCCGGAGCCGCUGUACACAGUCGCCAAGGUGCUGUCCUUCCACGAGGCAAGCAUCGUCAACCUGGAGCGCCAGUGUUACGACAUCGAGAGGCGUAUCAACGAUAUAGGCAAACCGUGA